AGAGAGGCAGAGGUGGAGAUCGGCGUCAGAGGAAGUGGACGAGGGGACUUUGGAGCGAUGCCUUGAUGGAGCAUGGGCCAGGUUUUAGGAUUCUCCCAGUGCCAGGAAUACGGCUCAGUGGCCUCCACGCCGGACUCCACCCCCCCCUGCACUGAUGGUGGGAACGAGGAGUCGGAGCUGUGCUCGCUGCAGACGGCCCGGGACUGGUCCGAGGACGAGGAGCUGGAGGAGGAGGAGCUAGAGGAGGAGGACGAGGGGCUGGGCUCCUCCCCGUCCCUCUGGGGGACGCCCCGGCAGAACUCCUACGAGCUCGGCUUCUCCUACUUCGCCAUCGCCGAGGCGGAGGCGGCGGGCGCCUCCCGGCACCGCGACCGCCGCCGCACCCCGCCCCGCGCCGGCCGCGCCCUGCUGCUGCGGGCCGACACCCUGGAGGCCUUGCUGGACCCCCCCGACCCGGACUGGGACCCCCAGGCCUUCCUGGGGCUGGGGGACAGCGGGGAGACGGGGGAGACGGGGGAGACGGGGGAGACGGGGGAGACCCGGGGGGCUGGCGGCCAGCCCUCAGCAGGCCCGGCCCACCUCCCGGGCGCCGCACCCGGGAACCAAAGAGGGGAGACGGAGGGCGGCCCGCCCCCGCCCCCACACGCCUCCCCCCCCCCCCAGCAGGGGGAGGAGCCCCCGCGGAGCCCUCCUGGUGAGUCAGACCGCUGCGGGGAGGUGUGUCAUCAUGACAUCAUCGGCUCACCGGGCAGGGCAGGGUGCCGUCACCGUGACGAUGACGCCAACUUCCUGUUUCCCGACCCGUCGCCCCACCGACCGCAGCCGGCUGUCGCCAUGGAGACCAUCUCGGUGAAGCUGCUCACCUGUGUGGGCCCUCCAGGGGCGCGCGGAGCGGAGGCGGCGGCGGCCGGCCCUCGCGGGCCCCGGGGCCCCACUCAGGAACACCUGGCCAGCCUCCACUGGUUCUCAGCCCUCGGCCUGACGGAGGAGCAGGCGGUGUGCUUCCAGGAGGCAGUGAUGGAUCUGAUCUACUGGAAGGACACGGAGCGGUCGGGCAUGGUGCUGACGGGGCUGGUGGUGGUCCUGCUGUCCCUGUUCCAGCUCAGCAUCAUCACCGUCGUCUCCACCCUCUCGCUCGCCGUCGUCUGCUUCGCCAUCGCCGUGCGCGUCUACUACAAGACCCUGCACAUCCUCAACUGGGCUGAUGGGGAGCACCCCUUCAAGAAGUACCUGGACAUGGACAUCGGUCUGAGUGGAGAGCAGGCCGAGCAUGCUGUGCAGAAGGCCAUCGUCAUGGCGAUGUCUGCGUUGGAUACCCUGAAGAAACUAGUCUUUGUCGCCAACCUCAUCGACUCCCUCAAGUUCCUGGUCCUGCUGUACCUGGCAACGUUCCUUGGGAAGAUCUUCAACGGCCUCACCGUCUUCAUCAUGGGUGUUAUCGCUAUUUUCUCUCUGCCACUUUUCUACCAGCAGCGCCAGGAGCAGGUCGAUAGCGCCAUUGCGAAGAUCCAGGCCAACGUCGACAACGUGAAGGACAUUGUGCGCAGAAUUCUCCAAGGGGGAGGCCCGACCCCGGACCCCACACCAGGUGGCGCCAAACCCAAGACCCAGUGACACGAAACAACGAAAAUAUAAAGAAAACGGACAAAAAACAAGGAGUUGGGAAUGAAGAGGAAACUAAGUGGAGUUACAGGCUGUCACUCAGAUGUCUUACCCAGCAGUCUGUGCUCGGGGGGGGGGGGGGGAGGGUUGGUCACACAGGGGAGGGUCCCGUGACGGACCAGGGUAACCCUGGGGGCUGGAGGGGGGUGGUUUGGGGGGUCUUAAGUGGCCGGCGUGUGCUGCUGUUACCCGGCACUAGGGGACAAUCCCGGGCUUUUCCAGGGAGACUCGAAAACAGAACGCGGCCAAGAAAAGACUCAGUGUCGUGGUGACGGGCAGCUGCAGAGCCAAUGAAACAAAGCCGUUCUUCAGUGGUGUGGGCAGCAUGGUGACAACGGGGGGGAAGGAGGGGGGUUGUGAGUCAGACACCCAGAGGUCACCUACAGAAUGACAUCAUCAUCAUCACAUCCCACAAGGCUUCGUCUCCUCAGUCCAGACGGUGGUCGUCUCCAGCACCCCUCCCCCCCCCGGCCGUCAGGGUGCAUGUGAGGGGAGGAGACGCAGACCGGAGACGGGUUCAUUUCAUGGCUGUGCGCGUUGUGUAUAUACAGAAACCGAGUGUGCGCGUGUGUUACGAUGUGUGUGUCUGGGAGAAUGUGUGUGUGAACGAAAAAUCCUUUUAGAGAACGAGAGAUUUGUGAUUAUCAACUGUUACACGCAAGCUAUUAAAGCCCACCUGCUCUGAGCACCCAGCCACUCGCUCUGUC